AUAACCGCACAAUGAUCGUUAGGACUCGCAAUUUCAAUUUAAUAUUAUUCCCAAUUCUCUUUAUCUUAAAUACAUGAUAUCAACCAUCAUAUUUCCUAAUUUUGUUCUUCCAUGCAUGCGUCAUCACGAUUAUAUAUCAAGAUGAAUUGCAUUCUCAUAAAUACGUCUUCUACCCAUUUUUUACUCGUUAUCCUCAUAUUUUCAUUGAAAUCGGAGGAAGCCAAUUCAACAAGAAAAUUCCAAGCUUCAACAGACUUCCUGUCAGACUACUAUGAAGAAAGCUUCGACUUCGGUCGCGAAGUCAACAUCGAAGAAAUACUCCAUGAAAUUGAAGCCAUGGGCAUGCAUUCAAAAUUAAAGCAAUCAGCUGCAUCAACGAGACGGCCAUGCUUGAACCAAAAUCGAAGUAAUUGCAGGAAUAAUUUGGAGGCUUUGUUACCGACUUCAAGUCAACAGGUGGAGAACGACAGUCAUUUCCAAGCCGACGAUCGCGUUGUAGCAUCUGAUGCAAGUACGCAAACUCCUAACAAUAAUGAUUCGUACGAUCAAACAAUGGGAAAUAAUUUGGAUUACUCAUUGGAUGCUGAAACAUCAAAUUCUGUUUAUAAUUCAUAUUGGGAUUCAUCUGAAUUAUUUCUUCAUUUGAACUCUUCGAAUGAGAGACAGAAUUGGUCUAUGGACGACAGUGUAUCAGAUAUCCUUGAUGACGGAAAUGGCAGGAGAGAAGCACGUGGCCUCAUCCACUACGACAGAGGUUAUGCCUUCAACACUUCCGUGGCCUUUACUGUUCCAUUCUUCCAAUUCUACUUACCAGGCGGAGGGGAAGGCCCGGAGGGAGGCAUAGACAGCAACGUCCUGGCAAGCCUGGCGUUCGUAACGUUUUUCUUGCUGGGUUGGCUGUGGGCGGCGAUAUACACCACCACGCAGGGCUCUGUUGGUCAUGAGGACAGCGCCAGGCAUCUCAUCCAGCCGCUUUUUCCGGGGGCUAAGUUUCUGCGCGACUCCAGCGCGCUACCAGCAGCCGUGCACGGGGCGCUGGAGGAGCUCGCCGACGCGCUGGAGGUGAAGUCUUGUACACACCUUGCCACAUGCGAGGCCUACACCGACCUGCAUGCAAACAGCCUGCUCAGCCUGCCCUUCAGGGCCUACACACCGUUACGGGACGACGUAACUGACGAGAGUGUGCUGACGUCACUCGAGGUCGCCGCACGUCGCUCGUCAGGAUCAGGAUCAUGUCGCAGGGAAUAUCCUUGCAUCGUCGAUCCCUUCGAGCUCAUGAACCUCGUCAUCGAUUGGGUGACUGAAAAAAUCUCUCUCUGA